AUGUCUGACCAAAACGUCCACAAAGCUGGUUUUACUUCCUCUGGGAUCACAAAAGGAUCGACUGGUUCAUCAAUGAUGUCCAAGGAAGCAAAAUGUUCUGGGGGAGGCGUGCGGUCUGGAGGCCCUACUGCUACUCUCCAGGAAAUGGGUGCCAAAGGCUCAACUCAUUCAUCAGGUUUUACCAGCAGAGGGAUCUCCAGUGGAUCCCAGGCGUCUAAGAUGAUGUCCAAGGAGGCCAGUUCCCAUGGAGGUGGAACUCCCAGGGGUGGUACAACUGCCACUGUCCAGUCCAUCUCAAUGGGUGGCAAAGGAGGAAGACGCUGA